CUCUUCAAUCCAUCUCAUCCUAACACAAAACUAAUCCUCAAAUAUUCAUCUUAUCCAAAACCCAAAUCUCUUAUUCUUCCAUUUUCUCUCUAAAAUUUGAAAAUUCAACUCUUUUUUAACCCCUCAAAAUGGUCGAUUUUGAUUGUAAGACAAAAAUAGUACAAUCUACUCCAAAUCUUUCUAAGAAAUCUCCUAAAAUCUCUCGUAAUUUAUCUACACCGUCGAUUUCUCCGAUUCCGAUUCUUUCCGGUGAGUUAUCUCCGGCGUCGGAAUCUUCUUGUGUAGCAUACGAAGCUUACCUUAAAUUACCGGAACUUCGGCAACUAUGGAGUUCUAAGGAAUUUCCUUGUUGGGAAAAUGAGUCGGUUAUUAAACCGGCUUUACAAGGUUUAGAAAUUACUUUCCGGUUUAUUUCACUCGUUUUAUCCGAUUCUAGACCGUAUUUGAACCGGAAAGAAUGGAGCCGGAGAUUGGAAUCUUUAGCGAAGGAUCAAGUGGAGUUAAUCGCUUUGUUAUGUGAAGAUGAUGAUACACGUGGCGCUGCGCCGAUCGUUGAUUUGAGUUCAUCUUUUGGUGAGGUUAUACCACAAACAGGAAGUUCAGCGGAAGUUUGGAAACUUGCAAAUGGGGCACAGGAAACUACUGUGGUCUGCCGUACCAGCGAAUCUAGUCUCUUACCACGACUUGCCACGUGGCAGACGUCGGAAGCAAUUUCUUCUAGAAUAUUCUAUUCGAUUGAGUCUGCGAUGAGAAGGUCGGCGUAUACUUUGGGCCUUGGAGAGCCUAAUUUAGACGGAAAACCUAAUUUGGAUUACGACGCCGUUUGCCGUCCUUCUGAACUCCACGCGCUUAAUAAAAGCGCGUUGGAUUAUAUCCAAAAUCCGGAAAAUCAAAUUCUGUUCACAAUCCAUCAGAUUUUCGAGUCAUGGAUUUAUUCAUCAAAACAAUUGUUGAUUCGAAUAAGUGAUAGAGUCAGCAAAGAAGAAUUUGCAAAAUCUGCAGAUGAUUGCUGGAUAUUGGAACGAGUCUGGAAGCUUCUAGAACAACUCGAGAAUCUUCAUCUGUUAAUGGAUGUUGAUGAUUUCUUGCAUUUGAAAACACAAUUAAGGAUGAAAACGACGUCGGAUUCUGAAACAUUUUGUUUCAGAUCACGAGGAUUAAUCGAGAUAACGAAGCUAAGCAAAGAUUUAAGGCAUAAAGUUCCAGACAUUCUAGGCGUUGAAGUAGACCCGAUGGGAGGCCCGGUAAUUCAAGAAUCGGCAAUGGAGUUGUACAGAGAGAAACGAAAGUUCGAGAAGAUUUAUCUGUUACAAGCAUUUCAAGGAGUAGAAUCUGCUGUGAAAGGGUUUUAUUUUAAUUAUAAGCAGUUGUUGAUGAUCAUGAUGGGAAGUUUAGAAGCUAAGGCUAAUUUCGCUGUCGUGGGUGGUUCUGAAUCGUCCGAUUUGGUGAGCCAGAUUUUCAUGGAACCGACUUAUUAUCCCAGUUUAGAUGGGGCUAAAACGUUUAUUGGUGAUUCUUGGGAGCACGAUCAACUGGCUUUGUUUCGGGCCAAUAGACAUUAACGGGCUUGGGUUUGGGCUUUUGACCCGACAAUAAGUUGGUGAGAACGUGGGGCGGAAAGAUGGGUGGUUAUGUCGGUGAGACGUGGGAUGCUUUAAUUAAUGACUACUACUACGUACUGCAGCGUGUGAUAAUCCUAAUUAGUAGAAUAGUCUCCUAUUGCUUUGUGUAAAUAGGUAAAAUUUUGGAUUAAUUUUACAGGUAAAAUGUACUAGUAGUAUAAAACAAAUUUUUAAACAAUUAUUGUAUCAGAUAAGUAUAACUUGAUUUUUUUUGUCUUUUGAAUGAGAUAUAUACUUCUGAUUUAUUUAUUUUGUGUUUUAUAUGGAAGUUAUUAGAUAGACUUCACUUGAA